CAAAACAAAACUAGGAAUGCUUAGGAUGGCCAUAGUCGGUUUUCCGAUAAGAAAAACCAAAUAGGUAUUGAAUGUCGUAUUUUUGCAGGUGCUUCACCCAGAAAUUCGAAUAUUGAUGUCCACGAAUGAACUACAAUUUAUUCGCGACAAGAAGUUUUUCCCCAAAUUCAACAUGAUGGAAAACGCCCAUGUGCGCAGAAUCGGAACCAACGGCACUGGAAUCCGAGCGAGUUGUUGCAUAUCGGCAGGCGACAGUGAAGAAAACUCUGCACACUCCAACUCUUCAGAGGUUUUCCGAACGAUGGCUGUUGUUUUCUCUUGUACAAGAAAAAAGUGUCGAAAAAAUCCUUACAAAACCUUCUAAAAUUGUAGUUGAAAUUUACACUAGUUAUACGACGGAAUAGUUAAUUGGUAAAAAAGCGUUGGUAAACUUACAUAAACUUAAGUGUGAUUGUUAGAUUUGUAAAGUAGAAAAUUGUACCAAAAGUAAAUCGCUACUGUCAAGCAUAACGCAUUAAAAUCACUUUUUCCGUAGUUUUUCUGUGGUUUAGGUGUAAACUGUGUUAUGAAUGUGAUUUCCUUUGAAGCACUAAUUGCUUUCCGGGUACUAAGUGAUUGAAAAUAAGAAUCGAAACUUCCUAAGUCAAACAGAAAUCCAGAAAUCGAUCGGUGGAUUGUUGUUUUUGCACGGGUCGAGCCGAUAAGGGAAAAAAAGCGAGUCAAGGAUGAAACUUUUCAGAAUUGUUAGUAAACGAGGAAUUUCCCAACACCGUUCACGCUGUUGGUAUUGUUGCACCGGACUUGUCACUUUCAAGCAGAGGUGGCUGUAGAUUGCAAUUGGAGGUCACUUUAAUUGCUAGCUUGGUUUGGCCUAGAUUCGACCCGGAAGUAGUUGUACCAUCAUGGAUAUCGUUGUGCUGAUAGCCUGCCUAGCUUUGGUUGGGACAUUGCUCAUUGUGCUUUUGCUACUAUGCCGACUGAUACAACCGUAUGACAUUGCCUGGUUUCUGUCGAAUAGAGAAGAUAAGUUAAAUCUGUCGAAGAUGCGAUUGUACAAUCCCAAUGGAUAUCUGAUGCAUUCCGGCUCAGAGAUCUACCUCGGUUCGACUGGCAGUUUCCAGCGUUUCGAUUCUGUAGACCGAGACUACAAACCCCAGUAUGGGCAAGGAUCCGGGCUAGCGGUCCCUCCAUGGCGAACUUCGUCAACCGAGGAAGCUGAAAUACCUCCUCAACCACUGCGACCAGCUCCUUCACCCAAGGAACCUAAAUUAACUCGCGAGAAGGCCAUCCACAAGCAAACAUCGGAACCAAAGCCGCACACUGGACCAAUAAUCAUAUCCCCAAUACCACGUCCCGUCCCUCGGAAGCAACACUCGGCCCCGAUAUCAUUUCCACUGCCAGUCCUUAGCUCACCUCGAGAAAAACGCUUCCAUAAUGAACCUCAUAUUUGCACUAAUCCUUUCCUAAACGAACCACCCCUAAAAGAGGAGAGCGAUCCACUCGUACCGGCCGCGUUUCCUCCACUUCCGCCACCACCUGCACCAACGGAACAACCUCCGGAGCCUCCAUUCCUUCAACGGCUCAUAAGAUCGGCAAACAACCCCUUCCUAUCCUCUUCAGACUCUCGAAAAACCGAUGAGGAAUGCAUUUUCAACUUUGAACCAGCCACAGUUCAGUCCGUCUACGCCGAGGAAGACCCGCUUCGGCGAGUGGAGAAACGGCUCUCUAAAAUGGAGAAUCUCCGCAAAAUGUCGCGCCUCAUCGAGAGCAAUCAAGUCCUGUUGAAUAUCUAUCAGCAGUUCAACAACACUUUGGAUCGUUCCCACGACAACGAGCCCAGUCCACCCGCUCCCAUUCGUCAGCAACCUCCGCCGGCACGAAUAACCGGUCCCUCUUCCUCUUCAUCGACAUCUCCUCUCAUAUCUCCAAAACUUCUGGAAACCACAUCAAACCCAAUUCCUCCUCGGAUAUCUUCUCCUCCAUCGUGUCCCCCCAUCCUUCCAUCUAGCCGACCGGACCACAGCAAAUACCAGGACUCCCCCCGGACGGACGUGGCCGACAACAUUCGGAUACCCACCGUAUCCAACAGCAUCAAGCACAUCCUUCGAAACAGAUCCUUCUCCGAGACGGAGUUCAGCGAAAGGAAGCUAUUCAAGAGCUUCGCUCUCGCAGCCGGAGAAACGGAUCAGGUUGCGGGCACUAGCGGUACCUCACCUCCACCCCCUACUUUAGUAAAAAAUUCUUCCUACAAAGAUUUAGGCCGAUAUUACGGAACCGCACAGCAGAACCCGUUUGGUGGUGAAUCGGUGCUACAGAAGACCGUAUCGGAGUCGUUCCUCGAGCGCUAUUCGCUGGGGAAAGGAGACUACGAUUUGGAAGCGAUGGCACCGACGGGUGCCACUGGACCGAUGACAAUCGGUACGGGAUCGUUUAAUAUCGCCGGGUCAGCCGAUCGGUUGCGUUCUUCGGUGAUGCCUUCGACGUCUAGUGAAUCCGUUGCGUCGCAAUCGUCCGUGAUCUUUAGCGACCUGGAACCGGCCCAGGCGAUCACCGGGUACCUUUGUGUUGGACUGCAAUAUGAUAAAUCGAGCACGACAAUCGAAGGAAUGGAACUGUUGGUCACAAUACAGGAAGCAAAGCAGCUGAUUUGUCCUCCGGGUAUUGAAAUGGACACGUUUGUAAAGGUUUUCAUCGUACCUGAUGAGAGUAAAGUGCUGCAAACCAAAGUGUGCAAGGAUUCCAACUACCCUAGUUAUCAGGAAACUUUCAGUUUUUGGAUCACCCAUAAAACCAUUAGACGAUCACUUUGGUUCCACGUUUAUCACACAAGUGCGAAGGAACAAACAUUAAUUGGCGAAUGCGAGAUGCAGAUAAACGAGAACAUCAGUCGACCGAUGACGACGUGGCUAAAACUGGUCGACUCGAGUCACAAGAAGAGCCAACUGGGCGAGUUAAUGUUCUCCCUCAGCUAUCUGCCGACGGCCGAACGGCUGACGGUGGUGGUCGUGAAAGCCCGUAACCUUAACCUCAAAAACCGGACCAACCGAACCAGGGGGCAGCAGAGUACGGUCGAUGAUUGCGAUUCGAUGGCCGAUGAUCAACCGAUCGAGGUGGACUCCAGCGAAAGUAUUUUCGUAAAGGUUUACCUGCUGAAGAACGACAAGAAGGUUUCGAAAAAGAAAACUUCGGUCAAACGGGGCGAACGAUCACCGAUCUACAACGAGGCGAUUAUUUUCAGCGUUCCGCCGUACAUGCUGAACUCGAUCCAGAUCCGUUUGUCGGUGGUGCAGAUGACCAACCGCGAUGGCACCAGCACCAACAUCAUCAACAACAAUAGCAACAAUCUCAUCAACCUGUAUGACAAUAGCACCAACAGUAGCAGCUGUAGCAGCCUGAACCGUAAGCCCAGUAUCAAGCUGGUCUCGAUUGGGCACGUGAUCGUGGGCAGCGGAACCACGGGGAAGGGUUUGCGUCACUGGCAUCAGAUGUUGACCACGCUGAGGAAGCCGGUCACGAUGUGGCACGCACUGAAGACAACGUCCGAGCGGAAGCGGAGGAAACUGUCAACGGAGUCGGAACAGGAAGCGGACAGUGGUUAGAUAAUAAUUGGAGCAGGGCUAACGCGUUAUGCGAUCUAAAUAGACGUUACUAUUUACGAUAAUAACGGUAAAACAGUAGCUGUAUCGUAGUUGUAAGGAUAAAGAUACAAUAGCUAAAAUCAGUUAAAGAUUAACAGGAAGUAUUAUGAAUUGAAUAACGUGUUAGUUCAGAGAUAAAGAAGUAAAAUUUCGUAUAUACUGUAUUUUUCAUCGUCGCCAAAGUUAUAUACACAUUAUUGAUGAGGUACUGUUUAAUACAUUCAUAAAUACGAUCAUCAAAAUUGGUUCGAAAUUUUUUAGGGAAAUCGUACUUUACUUCAGCUCUACUAGUAAGUAAGACAAUUUUGCAAGAACAACAUCAACUACAAACAUAAAAACAAUGAUAACUAUAAUUCUAAGUAAAUAUGUUAACGUUUAACUACGGAAGUGGAAUUAUACAAUAUCUACGUCGACUUUUCUACGAAAUGAUAAUUUCGUUCAACAAACUCUUACUAUUUUUCCUAACCAAGACUCAUUCCAUAUGAGCACUCACUGAAGUAUAUACGAACGUCACACUUUUACUAAAAUUUAGUUUUAUAUCUAUUAACAUUGUUUAUAUACUCUAACAUCUUUUUACGG